GGUUGACCGAUAUAGACUUCGAGAAGACUUUCUACCAAAAUCGCAAAGGUUAUAAGAUUAAAUUAAGAUAUAGCACUGACAAAAUUUACACGUCUUCCGCGCCAUGGUUUCCAACCCCUUGUUGCUGGUGGUUUUGUUCAUUUUACUAAAUUCUUGUUCUUCUUCUUCUUCUUCUUCAGCUUAUAAUUUUCCCAUAGCAAAGCCUGGUUGUCUGGAUCGAUGCGGUAAUGAAAGUAUUCCAUUUCCAUUUGGGAUCGGAGAAGGUUGUUACCUGGAUCAAAGUCAGAGUUUCUCAGUGGAAUGCAACUCUUCCCAACUGAAUUUUUCCGGGACUCAUUAUCCAAUUACGAAUAUAUCGUUGGAGGGACAGUUUCGCACCCCGAAUUACGUAGCAUAUGAUUGCUAUGGUGAAGGAGAUCAAAAGGUCAAUCCCAAUCAUCCCUGGAUUAAACUUGGUGAUCCUUUUAUAUUCAAUAGCACCGGCAAUAAGUUCACUGUGAUUGGUUGUGACUCUAUUGGUGUAGUUGAAGGUACAAGUUACUUCCGGGAUUACAAUACCAAGUCCGGCUGCACGUCUUUUUGUUAUUUGAAGGAAGAUGUUGAGGAUGGUUCGUGUUCGAGUAUUGGAUGUUGCCAGACUUCCAUACCAGGUGGAUCUCGGAUGAUUAAUGUGACUUUGGCUAGCUCCUCUAAUAACAGAUUUGUCUCGAGUUUCAAUCCUUGUAGUUUCGCUUUUGUGGUUGCUGAGGAUGCUUUUCAGUUUUCCGCCGACAAUCUUACCAAUCUAGAGAGUGUUGUAACUCUUCCAGUGAUUGUGGACUGGGUGAUUUCACACAAUAAUUGCGAUGAGGCGAAAACAAACAAGAGCAAUUAUGCAUGUAAGGAAAAUAGUGAGUGUUAUGUUGAGAAAGGAGCUUUGGGUUACCGGUGUCGGUGCAGUAAAGGAUAUGAAGGAAACCCUUAUCUUGGUUGUCAAGAUAUUGACGAGUGUGGUAAUCCUGAUCAAUGUGGGAAAAAUGGUGUUUGUAUUAACACUACUGGAAGUUAUUAUUGCAAUUGCAAGAAAGGUUACCAUCAAGAUGCCGAGGGACGAUGCGUUGAGAAAAAUAACAACUGGGCUAUUAUUGUAGGUUAGUCUUUCUUUUCUUUUUUUUUUUUCUGUGUUUUUUGAAAUGGAGACAUAUUAUAAUAUUUACGUUAAUUAAUGGAAUUGAUGCCGUUUAAUGAAAUUAACUUUAGGUUUACAGUUUCCCUUGAUGGUUCGCUUAACACAUGUAUGAUAAUUCCUGGUCCAUGUCGUUUAACUAAUAAAUAAUUCCAUUUGGAAUAUCAAUUUAAUUAAACCGGUAGUGAAAAUUUUAUACAUACACGUGCAACAAUUUUGGAUGCAGGUGUUGGUCUAAGCGGAAGUGCAGUGUGUUUACUCAUAUUUUCAUUCUGUUUCUACGCUGAAUGGAUGAGAAGAAAGGAAAAGAGGACAAGAGAAGAGUUUUUCAAGAAAAAUGGUGGCAUCAUUUUACAGCAAAAACUUCAUUCCGGUCAAUCAAGAGGCACUUAUAGUACCAAAAUCUUCACAUAUGAAGAAUUACAAAAGGCCACAAAUGAUUUCGACGACAGCCAGAUUAUUGGUUGCGGGGGAUUUGGGACAGUUUUCAAGGGAGAGUUGAUGGACAAAACAGUGGUGGCAAUCAAAAAGUCUAGAGGAGUUGACCCACGCCAAGUUGAGCAAUUCAUUAAUGAGGUGAUGUUACUUUCCCAAAUCAAUAGUAGAUAUAUCGUUAAGCUGCUUGGUUGUUGUUUAGAGACAGAAGUGCCGUUGCUUGUGUAUGAAUACAUAGACAAUGGGACACUCUUUGAGCAUUUGCACAACAAAGUCAAAGCAUCAAAGCUCUCUUGAAAAGUUCGUUUGCGAAUAGCAUCAGAAAUUGCUGGCGUGCUCUCAUACUUGCACUCUGUCGCUUCCCCUCCAAUCAUCCACCGGGACAUUAAAUCGUCCAAUGUACUGCUUGAUCACAAUUACACUGCAAAAGUAUCUGACUUUGGGAUAUAAAGAUUGCUUUCAUUGGAUGAUAAUUUCGAAGUUGCUACAAUGGUGCAAGGCACACUUGGAUAUUUAGACCCGGAAUAUAUGCAAACGGGUCUAUUAACUGAGAAAAGUGAUGUUUACAGCUUUGGGAUUGUCCUGAUAGAGCUCAUAACAGGCAAGAAGGUAUUGGCAUCUGAUAAGCCAGUAGCCGAGAAAUUCCUGUCAAAUGGUUUCCUUUCUUCUUUGAAAGAAAACCUUUUAGCUCAAGUUCUUGACAAUAACAUAUCUUGUCCUGAAAACAUGGAGCAACUAAAUGAUGUUGCGAUGAUAGCAAAGAGAUGCAUCAGUGUAAGAGGCGAGGAUAGACCAUGUAUGAAAGAUGUCGAAAGGGAACUUGUUAUAUUGGGAGCGAAAGCUAGGGAUACAUCAGUUCAAGUCUUCGAGAUUGAUUCCUCCAAAAGCGAAGCCUUACGUGAUUUACAGUCAAUUGGAUAUGGCAGCUGGGAUGGUUCUACAUCUAGCGGCCAAUAUUCUGCGUCAUAUAUCAUCGCGGAGCAACCAUUGUUAACGAUGCCUGGUGGAAGAUAAGUGUUGAAAAAUCACCAUUUUACCUUUGCCAAGUGUAUGCUUCCAAUAUUUAAACUCACUAAAUAGAAUAAGCAUCUGAUUAUUGAUUACUGUUGUUAUUAGUUAGCUGCAGAAAUCAUGCAAGUUUAUUUCUAUAUAAAAAACUAGUGGUGCGUGCAUUGUUGUGUAUAGGUCCUCCAUAUAUAUGAUGUAUAAGGAACAUGUAAUGCACUCAAUAUUUUGUUGAGGAUUUAUGUGGCUAGCUAGAGCUUUGACACAAGCAAAUAUGGAGCUUCUUUUUCUUUUUUUUUUUUCAUACAACAAAAAAAACAUGCUAGUAAUACUGUGUUCUUGAACAACAUAUUAACGC